GCUGCACGCCGCAAAGCUAAACAAAUCACAAGCCACCACAAAACGACGCUUAGUUAUCGCGUCAAGCUCAUCGAUUGCUUCCUGUUUGCGGCGGCGCCGUCGUCCACCAGUUCCCCUGGUCUCGCCGGGAAUGCAGAGCGAUGAGGCGGAGACCAGGCACUGACGUCGCCGGCGAGCGCAAGCUGCGCGUCGGCCGCAGCUGCCACCGGAAGCACGUCGAGGACGGGUAGAGUUGUCGGAUCUCUGUUCUUCUCAGUCAUAGGACACUAGAUUGUUUCAAUCGAUUGGUUCAGAGAGGGGAGGAAGCCAAUCAAAGAGAUCAGGCAUGGCGGCGGCGGCGGCGGACGGGAAGAAGGGCGGGGUGCUGCAGGGGCGGUACGAGAUGGGCCGUGUGCUGGGCCACGGCAACUUCGGGCGCGUGCACGUCGCCCGGGAUCUGAGGACCGGGCAGAGCGUGGCGGUGAAGGUGGUCGCCAAGGAGAAGGUCGUGCGCGCCGGGAUGGCGGAGCAGAUCAAGCGGGAGAUCGCCGUCAUGAAGCGCGUCUCCCACCCCAACAUCGUCGAGCUCCACGAGGUGAUGGCCACGCGCUCCAAGAUCUACCUGGCCCUCGAGCUCGUCCGCGGCGGCGAGCUCUUCGCCCGGAUCGUGCGGUCCGGGCGCGUCAAGGAGGACGUCGCGCGCCUCUACUUCCGGCAGCUCAUCUCCGCCGUCGACUUCUGCCACGCACGCGGCGUCUACCACCGCGACCUCAAGCCGGAGAACCUGCUCCUCGACGAGGCGGGCAACCUCAAGGUGGUCGACUUCGGCCUCAGCGCGCUCGCCGACCACGCGCGCGCCGACGGGCUCCUCCACACCCUCUGCGGCACGCCGGGCUACGCCGCGCCCGAGGUGCUCCUCGACAAGGGCUACGACGGCGCCAAGGCCGACCUCUGGUCCUGCGGCGUCAUCCUCUAUGUGCUCCUCGCCGGCUCCCUCCCGUUCCAGGACGACAACAUCGUCACCAUGUACAAGAAGGUGCAGCGCGGUGACUACCGCUGCCCGCCGUGGCUCUCCACGGACGCGCGCAGGCUCAUCCCCAGGCUGCUCGACCCCAACCCCGCCACCCGCAUCACCGUCGCGGAGCUCGUCGAGAUGCCGUGGUUUAAGAAGACGUCCAUCGCCAGGCCUGUAAGCGUGGAGCCGCCAGUCGAUCCUGCGCGCGCGAAGGAGGCCGGCGACAAGGACGAGCCCGAGACGAUGAAUGCGUUCCACCUGAUAUCACUCUCCGAGGGAUUCGACCUGUCUCCGCUUUUCGAGGGCCGGUCGUCGGCUGGGCGGCGGGAGGGCGGCAUGCUGUUCGCGACGCGGGAGCCGGCGAGAGGCGUGGUCUCCCGGCUCGAGGAUGUCGCUGCGCGUGGCGGCGGGCAGAUGCGUGUCACCAAGAGCGGCGCCGGGGGCGUGCGCUUCGAGGGCGCGGGGCGCGGCGGGCCAAAGGGCCGGCUCGCCGUGGCAGCCGAGAUCUUCACCGUGGCUCCUUCGGUGCUGGUGGUCGAUGUCAAGAAGGACGGGGGCGACACACUCGAGUACCGCUCCUUCUGCAGCGAGCACCUCCGGCCGGCGCUGCAGGACAUCGUAUGGGCUGCCGACCCCCCUGCAUCAGUCGCGCUUGCUGUCUGAACCUGUCACAGUCCCAGCAACUGCCAUUGUUUCUUACUUUCGUGGUGAUGGAUUUUCCAGAUGGAAUUCAUUUCUAGAGUAGAUUAGUGUGUCACUGUUAGUGUUGUACUGUUGUCUUCGAAAAUGAUACUAUAAUGCAGAACGCCUUCAGCUUGCUGCAUAAUCGAAUUGUGUUCGUGAUACUUCUUGGUUA